GGGACCUUGCUAUAGGGGAUGCAGAGGCAGGGCCGGAUUAACGUAGGGGCGGAUGGAGCGGCAGCUCCAGGCCCCUGCGUUAAAAUAGGCCCGGCGGCCCGCACAAACGGCCCGCACAGACCGACCGGCGUAUAACUUGUAUUGCCCGACGCCCAGACAUACAGGCAUUUAGUGUUUCAGGCGAGUAGCGCUAAAUGCUGGAAGACUUCACUUACCCCGCCCUCCUCCGCGUCUCCGGUUGGCCGGCCUGAGUCUGAUGAGGGACGUUGCGCAUGUGACGUCCCUCCGCAGACCUGCACAGGACGUCAGUGACGUCACUCGUCAGGCCGCCGCCGUAGAGGAGAAGCGCAGCGCAGGACAGGUAAAGUGUCUAUGUGUGUGUGUCUGUCAGAGGCAGCCACCGCCACCGCCUAAGGCCUGGCACUGGUGGGGGCCUCGCUCUGGCCACCACUCUUUCACUGAUGGUGAUCGUCCAGGAGUAAGGAGGAAGAAGAACUGGGGGAGUAGAUGGCCUCUGUGUGAGGUAACUAGGAGAGUGAAUGGGGGGCAUGUAGUGGCACUGCCUACAUUGUCAGUGCUUUUUGGCUGCCCAGCCUGGCACAUAGAUUGUAGGAAUCACAGCAGUACUGAUCUUAUUAUGCCGCACAUGCUCUACAAGCGCCAUCCUGCCGUCGGGUCCUAAAGGAGGGGAAAUGAUCCUCAAAGCACAGCAGCCUGCUAGCAUGAAACAUAUGAGCAAAGUAGGAGGAGAACUGUCUGUGCCCCCUCCUCCACAUGACUUCAUCCUGAGGUCAGAGGUCUUGACUCCUGACCCCCAGCACUGGAAGCCAUGUAUGAUGAGCCUGUCAGCAUCUCAGAAAGUUAUGGUGUCUACCACCAUCUAAACCUUCUUAUGGCAUUUGAAUGUAGCCCCAUUGACAAGAAGGUGAAAUAAAAGGGAUGGAUACAUAGCACAAUAUACAAGCCCUACCUAUGUGCUGAUUCAUAAUACAGCAAGCUGUUCUCUGAAGGCUCUCUGCAAGAUUAGUCUGCUGCUCCAUUCAUCAGGAGGACAGAUGAUGUGGUUACAUUGUGGCAGCGUACAAUAUGGAUGACCCGACAUAGGCCGUUCCUAAAAAACCUAUCAUGGGCUUGAGGAUCGCCGCAGGAGUCUUCCACCUCCCCACAGCCGUUCUGUACGGCUCACUGUCCUUCUUCCUCUCCGUCCUGCACAAUGUCUUCCUUCUCUACUACGUGGACACUUUUGUGUCUGUUUACAAGAUCGACAAGCUGUCCUUCUGGAUUGGAGAGACCAUCUUUUUAAUCUGGAACAGCCUGAAUGACCCAUUAUUUGGAUGGCUUAGUGAUCGGAUUUUCCUGAACUCAAAACAGUCCAGCACAGACAUCUCAACUCCUGAUGUGGUGUUGAAGAGGCUCAGUGCCUUGAGUAGAAAUGGACCACUGUUUGCUCUCUCCUUCCUAGCCUUCUGGGUGUCAUGGGCUCAUCCAGGUUUACAGUUCCUUAUCUGCCUCUGUCUGUAUGACAGCUUCCUCACCAUGGUAGACUUGAACCAUAAUGCCCUGUUGGCAGACCUUGCAGUCUCGGCUGCAGAUAGGACGAAAUUGAACUUUCACUGCUCACUGUUCAGUGCCAUUGGCUCCCUGUCAGUCUUUGCAUCUUAUACAGUUUGGAAUAAAGAAGAUUUUUUCUCCUUUCGAAUAUUCUGUGUGAUCCUAGCAGCUGUGUCUGCCCUUGGUUUCACAGUCACCACGUGGCUGCUCAGGCAACGCUUCCAACCAAGUGGAAAAUCCGCCGAAAGCCAGGACUGCUUAUUAAAGGAAUUAUAUGUUGAAGAGCCCUCUGAUUCUCCUGAAAAAAAGAUCACCCUUCUAGAUUACCUCAAGCAGCUGUCAAGACACCGGAAUUUUCUAUGGUUUGUCUGUAUGAACCUGGUACAGGUUUUCCACUGUCAUUUCAACAGUAAUUUCUUCCCCCUCUUCCUGGAGCACUUGUUGUCUGACAGAAUCUCUGUUUCUACGGGGUCUUUUUUACUUGGGAUUUCCUACAUUGCGCCACAUUUAAACAACAUGUAUUUCCUCUCUCUAUGUCGGAAGUAUGGCGUUUAUAGCGUCGUGCGCUGGCUGUUUAUUCUCAAACUGGUUCUCAGCGUCAUUAUGCUUCUAGCUGGGCCGGACCAGAUAUAUCUACUUUGUAUAUUUAUAGCUAGCAAUCGUGUUUUUACUGAAGGGACUUGUAAACUGCUGAACCUGGUGGUCACCGACUUGGUGGAUGAAGACUUUGUGCUACAUCGCCGAAAACAGGCGGCCUCUGCGCUCAUGUUUGGAAUGGUGGCUUUGGUGACCAAACCAGGCCAGACUUUGGCUCCCCUUAUUGGUACUUGGCUGCUGUGCGUCUAUACAGGAUAUGACAUCUUCCAGCGAGACGCAAUGAAUAAUAUCAACACUGACCUGCAGAUGGAUCCAAGCCACGUACUGAUGCCCACUCUCCGGCAGGGAUGCUUUUACCUCUUGGUAUUCAUCCCUAUUACCUGUGCUUUCCUCCAGAUUUUGACCUGGUCACAUUUUACUCUACGCGGGAAGCGCCUCAUAGCGGUGAAAUCAUAUCGCCAGACUCUGCCUCAGAAUGUACUUCCUCAGGAUGUGAAAAAUAUUUGAAGGACAGUACAGGGUACCUGACAGUGAUAAUUAUUUGGUAUCCUUUCAUAUUGGCAUCGUAGGGCUGGUAUCAUAACAUGGUAUAAGAAUACAGCACAUCUCAUCUGCCUGUGGAAUCGGGCUGGUCACUAUGCCAUUAGAGAUAAAAAAAGAAUGUCAUGAUGAAAAUUGUCCUGAUUUUUUUGACAAAGUAUAAGAAUCUAUAAAUCUGAUGAUGAUACAUAAAAACGUGCCAACGUUAAAAGGGUUAUCCGGUGUUUUGCUGAAACUUAAAAAAAAAAAAACUGAAAACAAACAAAAGAAGUCAUACUUACCAUGCCCCGGUCCCCUGCAGCUCUGUCUGGUCCUCUAUUCUAUCUUUUGGUGGCUGAGACAGGAUAUAAUUGGAGCCAGUGAUUGGCUGCGCAGGCAGGUCCUGCAAUGAGCAUUCGUCUGAAAAGUAUUCAGAAGACAGAUUGAGGGAUCAGACAGAGCCAAUCAGGAGCUGCGGGGGACCAGGGCAAGAUAAGUAUAGGUUUACGGGGUUUUUUUUCCCCACUGCCAGCAGGAUGUUAAAGGAGAACUCCAGCCCAAACUAACUUAUUCCCUAUACACAGGAUAGGGGAUAAGUAGCUGAUCGCGGGGGAUCAGACUGCUGGGACCCCCACGAUCUCCGGAACGGGACCCCGGCUGUCAGUGAGGAGUGUGUGUUGUCUACCAGUAGACGGCACGCGAUCCAUUAAUUUCUAUGGGAGCGCCAGAGUUCAGUACUCAGGUCUCUUCGGCACUCCCAUAGAGAUGAAUGGAGCAUGUGCCAACUGCAGCACACGCUCUUCACUGACAGCCAGGUCCCGUCCCAGUGAUCGGAGCCCCCACGAUUAGCUACCUACCCCUAUCCUUUGGUUAGGGGAUAAGUUAGUUUUUGAUGGAGUUUUUUAAUUUUAGCAAAACACUGGAUAACACCUUUAAAGGGGUACUCCGGUGGAAAACUUUUUUUUUUAAUCAACUGGUGCCAGAAAGUUAAACAGAUUUGUAAAUUACUUCUAUUAAAAAUCUUAAUCCUUCCAGUACUACUUAGCUGCUGAAUUCUACAGAGGCAAUUCUUUUCUUUUUGGAACACAGAGCUCUCUGCUGACAUCUCUGUCCAUUUUAGGAACUGUCCAGAGUAGCAUAUGUUUGCUAUGGGGAUUUUCUCCUGCUCUGGACAGUUCUUAAAAUGGACAGAGAUGUCAGCAGAGAGCACUGUGGUCAUGAUGUCAGCAGAGAGCGCUCUGUUCCAUAAAGAAAAUUUCUUCUGUAGUAUUCAGCAGCUAAUAAGUCUUGGAAGGAU